CUCAGAAGUCACUGUUUUACUGUGUUCAGUGUGCGGAAAGCAGCACGGUGGAUUCUCUCAAGGAUAAAUUGAAUAUGGAGAUUUUUUACAUUUUUUUACUUCAAGGCAACAAGCACAUAUGGAACAGGAUCUCUGGACAGAUCGAGCAGACACUGGAGUGACGUUGGAUUAAACCCACUCAGCCAUCCAGAGAACAUGCAACUUUCCAUGACCUCCCUAAGUCAUCUCUGACUUGAACAGGUUCUUCCUUUUUCAGGCUCCUCCUCUGUUUAUCUGUGAGGCUGUAUGGUAUUCACGAUCAUUCUCUAACACCUCAUCCAGGAGUAAACAUGGCAGAAAAAAGCGUACCACAGUUCGACCGGGCGAGGAUCUGCUGUGCAAUCUGUCUGGAUGUACUGCGGGACCCUGCUACCAUUCCCUGUGGACACAGCUACUGCAUGGACUGCAUUAGACUUCACUGGGAUAAAGAGGACGAGAAGGGAUUGCACAGCUGUCCCCAGUGCAGACAGCACUUCGCACCCAGGCCUGCUCUGCUGAAAAACACCAUCUUGGCAGAUUUGAUGGAGGAACUGGAGGAGAAAGCGGUCCAAGGUGCCCCAGGUGAUCCCAGCUUUGCUGGAGCUGAAGACGUGGCCUGUGAUUACUGCUCUGGAAGGAAGCUGAAGGCUGUGAAGUCCUGUCUGAAGUGUCUGGUGUCUUUCUGUGAGCAGCACCUCCAGCCUCACCACCAAGUAGCUGCAUUAAAGACGCACAAGCUGGUCAACCCGUCCAAGAACAUUGAGGAGAACAUCUGUCCUCACCACAAGGAGGUGAUGACGAUUUUCUGCCGCAGCGAUCAGGAGUGUAUCUGCUCUCUGUGCUUCUUUGAUCAACACAAAGAGCACGAAGUGGUUUCAGCUGAGGGGGAAAGGAUGGAGAAGCAGAAAGAGCUGAAGCCAAGCUGUGACAGAAUCCAAGAGCAAAUCCAGGAGAGAGGGGAAGACAUGAUGAUACUUCUGAAGGAGAUAAAAGCCAUCAAUCUUUCUGCCGAUAAAGCGGAAGAAGACAGUGAAAAGAUCUUCAAUGAGCUGAUCCAUCUCAUCAAGGAAAAGCAGUCUGAUACCAGAGAGCAGAUCCGGUCCCAGCAGACAGCUGAGGUGAACCGAGUCAAAGACUUUCUCCUGAAGCUGAAGGAUGAAAUCACCGAGCUGAAAUGGAAAAGCACCAAGCUGGAGCAGCUCUCUGGCAACCAAGACCACAACCAGUUCCUGCGUUUGUUCCCUCUACUGUCAGAAAUCAGCGAAAGCACACAGUUGUCCCGCCCGAAACCCCGUCCACUGCGCUACUUUGAUAACUUCACCACCGCCGUGUCAAGCGCGAGUUCCACACUGCAGAGUGUGUUUUCUGAGGAAUGGCCCAAAAUCUCUCAGACGCUGAACGAAGUGGAGGUUCUCCUGCCCCGAGCAGAGCCACAGACCAGAGCUGAAUUCCUACAGUUUUUCUCCCAGAUCUCUUUGGAUCCCAACUCAGUAAACAAGCAGCUGAUACUCUCUGACGGGAACCGGAGGGCGACAUACGUGAGUAGAAGACAGACGUACCCCAGCCACCCUGACAGAUUCAUGAGCAGAUCUCAGGUUCUGAGUGCAGAGGGUCUGACUGGACGUCAUUACUGGGAGGUGGAGUGGAGUGACUUUGGCAUUUACGUUGCAGUGGCAUACCAGAGUAUAAGCAGAAAAGGAGACGACAGUGAAUUUGGAAAUAAUGACAGGUCUUGGGCCUUGCUGUGUUCGUAUGGUGACUACCAAUUCUUCCAUGACAAAACAUGUCAGUCCUUCUUGUCACCUUGGACUUCCAGAGUAGGAGUGUACCUGGACCACCAGGAGGGUAUUCUGUCCUUCUACAGAGUCUCUGUGAGUACACCAGAGUGCACCAUGACGCUGCUCCACAGGGUCCAGACCACCUUCUCUGAGCCCCUCCAUGCUGGACUCAGGGCGUACUACUUCCAGGGCUCAGGGUCCACCGCUGAGUUGUGUCAGCUCAACUGAACUGUUGUAGGAAGAGAAACGGGACUGUCCUCUUCUAUUGGUUUUCUGACAGCAUGUGGAGGACUGACUGUAAGAGAAUAUUCCUUAUCUCUUCUGAGGCCGAGACACUUUAUGCUGAUUGUUAAAGAUGGAAGAAAACGAUUAAAUAAACUGCAGCUGAUCCAUGGAAGGAAUUCAGAAUGUUGCUUCACACAUGGCUUGCUUUGUGAGAAGCAGAAGGAAGAUGGAUUGCGAACAUUUUUCACAUGACAUGAAAGCAUCACGUGGCAGUCGGAGACGGUGUCUCUGGACUGGCAGACCGGGGUGGUGGUCCCCCUUUUUAAAAAGGGAGACCAGAGGGGGAUCACACUCCUCAGCCUCCCUGGGAAAGUCUAUUCCAGGGUACUGGAGAGGAGGAGUUGACCGAUAGUCGAACCUCGGAUCCAGGAGGAACAAUGAAGUUUUUGUCCUGGUUGAGGAACACUGGACCAGCUCUAGACCCUCCAUAGGGUGCUCCAGGGUCCGUGAGAGUUCGCCUGACCAGUUCAUAUGUGUUUUGUGGACUUGGAGAAGGCAUUUGACCGUGUCCCUUGGGGUGCCUUGUCGGGGGUGCUUUAAGAGUACGGAAUCCGGGGCCCCUUGCUAAGGUCCGUCCAGUCUCUGUACUACCGAAGCAGGAGUCUGGUCCACGUUGCUGGCUGUAAGUUACUGCCAUCUUGUUGUAAGAUGCAGUCGUGUUGGUCUGUUGUGGUGAAGAAGGAGCUGAGCCCAAAGGAGAAGCUCUCAAUUUACCAGUCAGCCUUCUACGUCACCAGGGAGGAGCUCGGACUAGAGCCGCUACUCCUCCACAUCCAGAGGAACCAG